ACAGCACAGAGCUCAGUUUAUCGCGAACUCUAGAAGUGAGAGAACCGAGGUCCUUCGUCGCGUACUAGUAGCCGUUUCUGAGGUCGCCUGGAUUUUUCUGGACCUCCUUAGUUCUUCCUGGAUUUUCCUGACCAGCAGUGAUUUGCUAUUAUCUCCACCCUUGCUCACUACUGACCAAUUGAGAUCAAUGCAGAUCCAUGCUGACCAGAACUGAUCAGUGGGGUCCCCAGCAUUAAUCUGAGCUAUGUACCGAUUGCGAACAGCGAUCGAUGAGUCGAAUGUUUUUUUUCACUACGGUCUCCCAUCAUGUUAUAGGACGAAAGGUGGCCCAGAAACAGACGAUCAGCAGCGCUUACGAUUUCAGGUUGAACUUGAAUUUGUUCAAUGCCUCGCCAAUCCAAACUACUUAAAUUUUCUAGCACAACGUGGAUACUUUAAGGAUUCAACAUUUAUAAAUUACCUUAAAUACCUGUUAUAUUGGAAAGAACCCGAGUAUGCCAAGUACUUGAAAUACCCUAUGUGCUUGUACUUCUUAGACUUAUUGCAAUACGAACACUUCAGAAGAGAAGUAGUAAACUCUCAAUGUACCAAAUUUAUAGACGAUCAACAAAUAUUGUUAUGGCAACAUUAUACCAGACGUAGGACAAGAUUGUUGCAGGCUGCAGCAGAGCAAACGCAACAUGUGAAUCCUCAGAACAAUGAAUCUGAUUUUGGACGAGUGAUGCUGAAACCUGAAUAGCUGUUCAUAAAUGUUUAUCACUGUUUAUGCUUCAAGACAAUGGAAACAGUGGAACACUAUUGAAGACAUGGGUAGAAGAUACAGAUUUUAUUGGCCAUAGUAAGUUUACCAUCUUUAUUUUGUUAUAAAAUUUAACUUUCAAAUAAUGUGUAUAAAUAUAAUAUUCCCAAUGGUAUUUUUUUUUAACCCUUUUCUUGUUUAUUUAUACAGGGUGUUUUAUUUAAAUGGAUACGCUUGAAUAUCUCAUAGAUCAUUGAAAAUAUAAAGGUCAUUGUUAUUAAAGUUGUUUGCUAUGAAGGGAGACAUUGUGCGAGGACAACAAUUUUUUUUUGUAUAAUGUUAAAGAGAUUUCAACAUUUGUUAAGAAAAAUACAAUAUAUAUAAAAUCAUUGAAUAUAAUACGUUAUAAUUUAACGGAUUCCUAAGUCAAAUCACUGUGAAUAAUAGAUUAUCAAUUAGCUAAACCUACUUCUUUUGAUUUCAGUCUUUAAGAGUGAAUUAAACAACGAAAUUUAAUUAUUGUAUUUUUUAAAUUAAUAACAUAAAGAAGAAUUCGUCUUCGCCAAAAAGUAUGCACCCUCACACAAUGAAGCUUCUGUCAAACAUUUUUUUCGUAUUUUUAAUAUUUUAAGAAAUAUUCGUUUAUUACCUUUAAGCAUGGACACACUGUAUAUAUGAAAGAAAUGUUUAUCAUUUUUUUUUAAUGUGGUUGAUGAAAUAAAAAGUAUAUUUACAUGAUAAUGGUUAAUAAUUUAUAUAUAAGAAUAUUUUUUACAAUUCUUGGUCCUCAUAUUUAAAUAUUAUUGCGAUUUCUUUGGUUUUUAUUGUAUGUACAAUUAUUGAUUUUGUAAACAUCAUCAAUUUUCCAUGAAAAGUUACUUAAGUACUUCUUAAUCAUUAUGUUUUAUUUAAAAUUAAUUACACGGAUACUACAAAUCUAUUUGCUAGACAAUAUAAAUGAUAA